UGACUUUAAGAGCACAAAACUUAACAAAAUGGCGCUGGCCGAUGUUUGUGGAUUUCGUGAUCACUCGUUUCAGUCUAGUCUUUUCGCAGGUCGACACAUUGCCGGGCCUAACGAACUAUUCAGAGAUGUAGAAGUAGCAUCAACUCAGUUUUCUAUGCCGUAUAACUUUGAUCCUGUAGAGAAUCUCCAGCAGUUUCAAGACAAAGACAGUAAAGUGAAGAUCCACUUUGACCAUGGUACCACCACCCUGGCCUUCAAGUUUCAGCAUGGAGUUGUGGUGGCUGUAGAUUCAAGGGCUACUGCAGGACCUUAUAUCGCCUCUCAGACUGUGAAGAAAGUGAUAGAAAUCAAUCCCUAUCUGCUGGGAACCAUGGCAGGUGGUGCUGCAGACUGCUCCUACUGGGAAAGAGUUCUAGCUAAACAGUGCAGGAUCUAUGAACUGCGUAACAAGGAGAGGAUUUCUGUGGCAGCUGCCUCAAAACUGCUCGCCAACAUGGUCUACAACUACAAAGGCAUGGGGCUGUCUAUGGGAACAAUGAUUGCAGGAUGGGACAAAAAGGGACCAGGCCUGUUCUACGUGGACAGUGAUGGAGAGAGGCUCACCAACAACUUGUUCUCGGUCGGCUCAGGCUCGGUGUACGCCUACGGUGUGCUGGACAGCGGCUACAGGUGGGACCUGCCAGUGGCUGAGGCACUGGAUCUGGGUCAGCGUGCCAUCUACCACGCCACCUUCAGGGACGCUUACAGCGGUGGUGUCGUCAACUUGUACCACAUGAAGGAGACAGGCUGGGAGUUCAUCUCCAGAACAGACACUGCAGAGCUUCAUUACAGAUUCCAGGAUGAAAAACUGAAGAAAUAACAUCACCGGACUGGCCUAUUUAUGAACUGUCUAGAUUGGUUGGAAAAAAUGACCUUUCUGAAUUGUUUUAAUGAGUACACAGUGUCACUUUUCUGAGUAUGUUUAAAAAGUAGAACUUUGUGAAUUGGUUUCCAAAAGCAAAACUUUCUCAAUCUGAAAUGGUUUCAAAAAGUAGAAAUUUCUGAACUGGUUAAAAAAGUGGAACUUUCUGAAUUUUAAUAGGUAGAAUAUGUUUAAAAAGUCAAUUAUAACAAUCCACUGUGAUCACAAAAGGGGCUGAUUUGUUACAUUUGCUAAUGAGUUUUCAAGUAAAGAAUGUAUUUUUUUUGAGCUGCUAAACACAAACUAAGAUGGAAAUAUUGGUGUUACUAGCACGUCAAAUGAGAAAACUUUGUAAGUAUGUUGUCAGCAACUUUGUUCUCAUUUUGUUCCAUUAACAGUUGUUUUUGAAAAUGUCUAAUAUUACUAUGUGUGAGUUAAACAGUUAUAAAAAUGCCUGUAAGAGUCAAUCUACAUCGGAACGUCUUGAAGUAGUAAAUAGUUUUAGAAACAAGUGCUAUUAAAAUACUGUCAUUGUUUCAUCAACUUCAUUGCGUUUGCGGUCUCUAUUUAUCUUGUGUAAAUAAAAUUCACAACAUGA